AUGGUAUAUCAGGAUCCAAAUGAAGAUACAGAAUGGAAUGACGUAUUGAGAGACUUUGGAAUUCUUCCUCCAAAAGAAAAGCCAAAAGAUGAAAUUGAAGAAAUGGUUUUACGCUUGCAGAAAGAAGCAGAAGUGAAACCUUAUGAAAGAAUGAAUCUUAAAGAAUUAAAGGAAGCUGAAGAUGACUUUGACGAGGCCGAUAUGAAAGCUGUUGAAAUGUACAGGCAGCAGCGGUUGCAAGAAUGGAAGCAUCUUCAGCGGAGACAAAAGUAUGGGGAGCUAAGAGAAAUUAGUGGAGAGCAGUAUGUAAAGGAAGUUACAAACGCUCCAGAAGAUGUUUGGGUUAUAAUUCAUCUUUAUCGAUCAAGCAUCCCAAUGUGUUUACUAGUUAACCAGCAUCUUGGCCUGCUAGCCCGAAGGUUUCCAGAAGCGAAGUUUGUCAAAGCUGUUGUGAACAGCUGCAUUCAGAAUUACCAUGACAGGUGUUUGCCCACAAUAUUUGUGUAUAAAACUGGUCAAAUCAAAGGCAGGUUCAUUGGAGUAGCUGAAUGUGGGGGCAUAAAUCUUAAAGUGGAAGAGCUUGAAUGGAAACUAGCAGAAGUAGGAGCAAUAAAAACUGACUUAGAAGAAAAUCCUAAAAAGGACAUUAUGGAUAUGAUGACAUUUUCAAUGCAAAAUAUUUCUGCUCACAAGGACACCAAUACCAAAAGCAGUGAUGUGAUGAAACCAAACAUUACUUAG